AAAUGGAGACAAACGACCAUUUUAAUUUUACUGGCCUUCCCCCUGCACCAGCUGCCUCAGGACUGAAACCCUCUCCUUCCUCAGGCGAGGGCCUCUACACUAACGGGUCUCCCAUGAACUUCCCCCAGCAAGGGAAAAGUUUGAAUGGGGAUGUGAAUGUUAAUGGCUUAUCUACUGUAUCUCACACUACUACUUCAGGGAUUUUGAACUCUGCUCCCCAUGCCUCCAGCACCUCACACCUCCAUCACCCUAAUGUGGCCUACGACUGUCUCUGGAACUACUCGCAGUACCCACCUGCCAACAGUGGCAACAACCUCAAGGACCCACCCCUUCUCUCUCAGUUCCCUGGGGGACAGUACCCGCUCAACGGUGUCCUUGGGGGCGGCCGACAACCCUCUUCCCCAAGUCACAACACUAAUCUUCGAGCUGGGAACCAAGAGUUCUGGGCCAAUGGUACCCAGAGUCCCAUGGGACUUAACUUCGAUUCACAGGAACUGUAUGAUUCCUUUCCUGACCAGAAUUUUGAGGUGAUGCCCAAUGGACCCCCAAGUUUUUUCACCUCCCCACAGACAUCUCCAAUGUUGGGAUCUAGCAUCCAGACCUUUGCACCUUCCCAGGAUGUGGGCAAUGGGAUCCAUCCUGAUGAGGCAACAGAGAAGGAGCUGCCCUCAGUUGUGGCAGAAAACAACACUGGCUUGGUAGGCAGCCUGGAGCUGGAGGAAGAGCAGCCAGAACUAAAGAUGUGUGGCUACAAUGGUUCUGUCUCCUCUGUGGAGUCUCUACACCAAGAAGUCUCCGUCCUGGUCCCCGACCCCUCAGUGAGCUGUUUAGAUGAUCCUUCACAUCUUCCUGAUCAGCUGGAAGACACUCCAAUCCUCACGGAAGACUCCCUUGAGCCCUUUGACUCCCUGGCACCAGAGCCAGUGAGUGGAGGACUUUAUGGUAUAGAUGACACAGAGCUGAUGGGUGCAGAAGACAAGUUGCCUCUUGAGGACAGCCCUGUAAUCUCUGCCCUCGAUUGCCCUUCUCUCAAUAAUGCUACUGCCUUCAGUCUCUUGGCAGACGACAGUCAAACGUCAGCCUCUCUCUUUGUCAGCCCUACCUCUCCACCUGUCUUAGGGGAGUCUGUCUUGCAAGAUAACAGCUUUGACCUGAAUAAUGGCAGUGACUCUGAACAGGAAGAAAUGGAGCCUGAGUGUUCAGACUUCUCACGGCCCCAGACUGAGCUGGCCCCUGACCAGCCGCCAACUAUUGAGCUACAUCCAGCAGCUUCUCCAGCAGCCUCCUCACUUGUCCCUCCUGCAGUCUUCCCAGCAGCCUCUUCUGCUCCCUCACCUUCCCUCCCAGCAGCCUCUUUGACAGCUCCAGUGACCUCACCUCAUGCCUGCCCUGCACCUUCCCCAACAGCCACCUUCCAGACAGUUUCCCCAGCAAAUGAAGAUGUCAGCAGGGUCCCAGAAACAACUUCUGCUGGUUUGGGAGAGAUCACUGGAGAAGCUGUCACAGUUUCUGGUAGUGGUGAUGUACUGAAGAGACGAAUUGCUACCCCAGAAGAAGUUCGUCUUCCCCUCCAACAUGGGUGGCGGAGAGAAGUGCGCAUCAAGAAGGGUGGCCAUCGGUGGCAGGGGGAGACUUGGUAUUAUGGCCCCUGUGGGAAGAGAAUGAAACAGUUUCCAGAAGUUAUCAAGUACCUGAGCCGAAAUGUGGUACACAGUGUUCGUCGUGAGCACUUCAGCUUCAGUCCCCGAAUGCCUGUUGGAGAUUUCUUUGAAGAAAGAGACACACCAGAGGGCUUGCAAUGGGUCCAGUUAUCCGCAGAGGAGAUUCCUUCUAGAAUUCAAGCAAUUACUGGCAAACGAGGCCGACCUCGAAAUAAUGAGAAGGCCAAGAACAAGGACAUUCCCAAAGUGAAGCGGGGCCGAGGUCGGCCACCUAAGAUCAAAAUCCCUGAGCUAUUAAAUAAAACAGACAAUCGACUCCCAAAGAAACUGGAGACCCAAGAAACACCGAGUGAGGAAGAUAAAGCAAAGAUGACUAAGAGCAAAAAGAAGAUAAGACAGAAGGGACAACGGGGAGAGAGUCAGCCUCCUGUUCAAGGGCAGGCCAGAAACAAGAGGAGACAAGAUGCCAAGAGCUUAAAGCAGAAGGACACUAAGAAGAAACUCAAGGUUGAUAAAGAGAAGAUGAAGACAAAGCAGGAAAAACUGAAGGAAAAAGUGAAAAGGGAAAAGAAAGAAAAGGCAAAAGUGAAGGUAAAGGAAGAGGUGGCCAAAGCCAAGCCAGCCUGUAAAGCAGAGAAGACCCUGGCCACACAGAGGCGUCUGGAGGAGCGACAGAGACAGCAGGCUAUUUUAGAGGAGAUGAAGAAGCCCACAGAGGACAUGUGUCUGCCUGACCACCAGCCCCUGCCUGAUUACACACGCAUCCCUGGUUUGACAUUGUCCAGUAAGGCUUUCUCAGACUGCUUGACCAUCGUGGAGUUCCUGCACAGUUUUGGCAAAGUGCUAGGCUUUGACCUUACCAAAGAUGUUCCUAGUCUUGGAGUCCUGCAGGAGGGACUCUUAUGUCAAGGUGACAGCUUGGGCAAAGUGCAAGACCUGCUGGUUCGGCUCCUGAAGGCUGCACUCCAUGAUCCCGGUCUGCCCUCCUACUGUCAGUCCCUAAAGAUCUUGGGGGAGAAGGUGUCCGAGAUCCCACUGACCAGAGACAAUGUGUCUGAGAUACUCCGCUGCUUCCUCAUGGCAUAUAGAGUGGAGCCGGCCUUCUGUGACAGACUGCGCACCCAGCCUUUUCAGGCACAGCCACCCCAACAGAAGGCUGCUGUCCUAGCUUUCCUUGUGCAUGAGCUCAAUGGCUCUACCACCAUCAUCAAUGAGAUUGACAAGACCCUGGAGAAUAUGUCUAACUACAGGAAAAACAAAUGGAUUGUUGAAGGCCGACUCCGAAGACUGAAAACUGCUCUGGCCAAGCGAACGGGUCGGCCAGAAGUUAUGAUGGAAGGGCCAGAAGAAGGCCUGGGACGGAGGCGCAGUUCUCGGAUCAUGGAAGAAACCAGUGGCAUAGAAGAGGAGGAAGAGGAGGAAACCAUAGCAGCUGUCCAUGGCCGUAGGGCUCGAAGGGAUGGAGAGGUUGAUAUUGCAGCAUCCAGCAUUCCAGAGUUAGAGCGCCAGAUAGAAAAACUCAGUAAGCGUCACCUCUUCUUUAGAAAAAAGCUGCUUCACUCAUCCCAGAUGCUUCGGGCAGUCUCUUUGGGUCAGGACCGCUAUAAACGCCAUUACUGGGUAUUGCCAUGUCUGGCUGGUAUCUUUGUGGAAGGAUCAGAGGAGAGCAUAGUUACUGAAGAUGGAAUGAAGCAGGAAGCUGAAUACUUGACGGAAGCAGUCACUUCAACACCCUGCCCCGCUCUAGUCUCUACAAAGAGAGAGUUAACUGGCCCCGACACCCCUGCUUCUCCUGCCCGCGCACGAGGCCGACCUCGAAAAUCUAAGCCUGGGUCUAUGCAGCCUAGGCACUCUAAGUCUGCUCUUAGGGAACAUGAUUUAGAACAAGCCCAGAUUCAAGUUCAGCCAGAAUCUCAGUCCCAUCUGCAGAUUCAGGCAUCCACCCAGCCCCAUCUUCAGUCCCAUCCCCCAUCAGAUAAUGGGUUUCUAGAGCCAGAAGGCUCCCCUCUGUCUCUGGGUCAGAGCCAGCAUGACCUCAGCCAGUCCGCCUUCCUGUCUUGGCUGAGCCAGACUCAGAGCCACAACUCCCUGUUGAGCAGCUCAGUGCUCACGCCUGAUAGCAGCCCAGGGAAAUUAGACUCCGCUCCAUCCCAGUCCUUGGAGGAGCCAGAGCCUGAUGAGGCAGAGUCUUGCCCUGAUCCUCAAGGACCCUGGUUUAACUUCUCAGCCCAGAUACCCUGCGAUGCUGCCCCUACACCACCUCCUGCCAUUUCUGAGGACCAGCCUACCCCCUCCCUCCAGCUGCCUGCCUCUUCUAAGCCAAUGAGUAUACCCGGUGCUGCCAAUCCCUGUUCUCCAGGACAAUUCUCUUCUACCCACCUGCCUGGAGGGGGCACUAAGAGACCAUCAGGAGACUCUGAAGAAAUGCCACAGAGUCCCACAGGGCUGGGACAACCAAAACGGAGAGGAAGACCUCCUAGCAAGUUCUUCAAGCAGGUGGAACAGCAUUACUUAAUCCAGCUGACAGCCCAGCCUAUCCCCCCUGAGAUGUGCUCUGGCUGGUGGUGGAUCCGAGAUCCUGAGACACUGGAUGUCAUGCUCAAGGCACUACAUCCCCGAGGCAUCAGGGAGAAGGCACUUCACAAACACCUUAGCAAGCACAAGGACUUUUUGCGGGAAGUUUGCUUACAGCCCUUAACUGAUCCCAUCUUUGAGCCCCAUAAGCCGCCUGCCAUGGAGGAAGGAUUUAUGAGCUGGUCCCCCAAAGAGAAGACUUAUGAGACAGACCUAGCUGUGCUUCAGUGGGUAGAAGAGCUGGAGCAGAGGGUUGUCCUGUCUGACCUGCAGAUUCGGGGCUGGACGUGCCCUAGCCCAGACUCUACCCGAGAAGACUUGGCCUACUGUGAGCAUCUGCCUGACUCUCAGGAGGAUAUCCCUUGGAGAGGACGGGGCAGGGAAGGUGCAGUACCUCAGCGGCAAAACACCAACCCCCUGGACCUCGCUGUGAUGCGACUGGCUGCACUGGAACAGAAUGUGGAACGGCGUUACUUGCGGGAGCCUCUCUGGGCAACCCAUGAGGUGGUAGUAGAGAAGGCCUUGCUAAGUGCACCCAACGGUGCCCCUGAUGGCACCACUACUGAGAUAUCAUAUGAGAUUACCCCUCGUGUUCGUGUCUGGAGGCAGACACUUGAGAGGUGCCGUAGUGCAGCCCAAGUGUGCUUGUGCAUGGGCCAGCUGGAAAGGUCCAUCGCAUGGGAGAAGUCUGUCAACAAAGUGACAUGCCUCGUCUGCCGGAAGGGUGACAAUGAUGAGUUUCUCCUGCUUUGUGAUGGGUGUGACCGUGGCUGCCACAUUUACUGUCAUCGGCCCAAGAUGGAGGCUGUUCCAGAAGGAGACUGGUUCUGUACUGUCUGUUUGGCCCAGCAGGUAGAGGAAGAAUUCUCUCAGAGGCCUGGUUUUCCAAAACGAGGCCAGAAGCGGAAAAGCAGUUUUCCACUGAACUUCCCAGAGGGUGACAGCCGCCGACGGCGGGUGCUGUCAAGGAACCGAGAAAGUCCAGCAGUGUCUCAGUGCUCAGAAGACGGCCUGUCUCCCUCCAAGAGACGGCGAUUUUCAAUGAGAAGCCACCACAGUGAUCUCACAUUUUGCGAGAUCAUCCUAAUGGAGAUGGAGUCCCAUGACGCAGCCUGGCCUUUUUUGGAGCCUGUGAACCCUCGCCUGGUGAGUGGGUACCGGCGAGUCAUCAAGAACCCUAUGGAUUUUUCCACCAUGCGAGAACGGCUACUCCGGGGAGGGUAUACUAGCUCAGAGGAGUUUGCAGCUGAUGCCCUUCUGGUUUUUGACAACUGCCAGACCUUCAAUGAGGACGACUCUGAAGUGGGCAAGGCUGGGCACAUCAUGCGCCGCUUCUUUGAGAGCCGUUGGGAGGAAUUUUAUCAGGGAAAACAGGCCAACCUGUGAGGCAAGGAAGGUGGGGACCACCUUGUGUCUUCUCCAACCUUCCUGACGAAACCUGCCGUGUACACCUGCUGAUGGCUGCCCUGGGUGGGCUCAAGUCACAGUGCUGAUGUUGACUCUACCCUUGGCAACACCUACAUCCUCUUUCCCUAAUCUCUCCCUUCUUCCUCUUACUCCUCAAAUAAGAGAUGCAGAGAUGAGGUCCUUCUGGAUGGAAAGCCAAAAAAGAAAAAGAAUUUUUGCUGUUUUUUUCUUCUAGUUAAAAUGGAGAGGGGUAAAGAAGUCCCUUCCUCUUCCUGUCCCCCUCCCUUCCCCUCCCCUCUGCUCUCCUCCCCUCCCCUCCCCUCCCUGUACAUGCCCCAGCACCCUGGGGCUAUUUAGCAAUAGCAAUAGUUCUAGUGAAUGUGUGAAACCGAGAAACACUCUGUACUGUGUGCGGACCCGCAGUGACGGCCAGUAAAGUGGACUUAACUCCCAAGUGUGUCAAGCCGGACACCGGGCCCUGAACAUGCUGCUUCCAUGUUCAGUCCCUUCCCUGCUUCUCACUUUCUCUCACUUUUUUUCUUCCCCCUUCUCCCUGUUUUUAUGAUUUUUGUCCCACCCAAUAAUGUAAAACUAUCGUGUACGGGUUCUUCUUCCCCCUGUCCCCUUAUGUGGAAAACAAAGUUCAGAGCUCCCUGUCUCUGUCCUCAUCUCCUGCCAAAUUACCCUCUGAAAUGUUGGAUCCUCCUCACGUGCUGAGUUUCUAGCCUUUUCUGAAACUCUGACUGGGGAGAGGGCAGGCGGGCGGGCAGGCGCCCUGGGCCUUCCAGCCUCCUUCCCAGCUUCCCAAACCUCCCUCUUGGGAACUCCUCAGGGACAACUACUGCUGAGUCUGAGUGCUGCUCCGAGAUGGAGGCCCUCAGAGAGAGGGGGAGAGGUGUAGGUGUGUGUGUGUGUGUGUGUGUGUGUGUGUGUGUGUGUGUGUGUGUAUACUUGCACACAAAUGAGAGCUGUGAUUGUGGCCCUGUUUUGUGUAAUGGGAUCCAUUCAUGUUUCCUCAAGUAUGUUUUUAUUCCCACCUUUCCCAUUGUUUUGUACCAUCACUUUUUGUCUUUGGGAAAACACAGGAACUGUUUCUCUGGGGACAAGGCUGUCUCUCCUCAUGGUCAUUUCUGUUCCAGCCUCUUCAAAUUGUGCAAUCUUUUCAGCAGGAACUCUCUCUCCUCACAGUAGCUUCAAGUCUUGAGAAUUUGCUGGGAGAGGGUAGAACUGGAUCUUUCUUAAACCAUGAGUAUCUGGGUUUAGUUGUGUUUUCCUUCCUUGCAUCUACUUUAUAUCCCCAACAGCAAGCUCCUGGAGCACAGGAUGGGUAGAGCGAUGAGAGGGUCUGGUCUACCACUGCCCUGUGUGACUAAGCCCAGGUUAAGCCCCCAACACAUGAGAGGAAAGCUGCUAACUCCAAGCUAUAGCCAUGGGCCUCUGGCCCCCUGCUUUCCUGCUCAGCAGAGCCCCUCCCAUCAGAAAUUACGGGUACUUGCACUGGGGAGGUGGCUGCUAGCUGGCCUAAGCAGAGAGCUGAGGCAUCCAAGCAAUGUUCCAUUGGUGGGGGUGGAGGGUGCCAGGUGGGGUGGAGAGUUCCUUGUACUCCAGCAGUACUGAGGGGUGAGGCAGUGCAGGUUCCUGGGGAGCCCUACACUCACUCCCUAUCGCCUAUUUCUAAAGUCGCCUUUUCUGUCGAUAAACCUCAAACUUAAUUUUAUUUGAGAAUUUUUUUUUUUUGCUUUUAAAUAAGAGGUGGAUUGAAGAAUAUUUGAAUUGACUUUAUAUUAUGCAUAAAUAUUUAUAUUUUAUCUAAAUAACUGUGCCGUAACAAACUUUGUGUUAGUCAGAUGUUUGGAACUGUUAUAACUGGGGACAACUCUCCCCAUGGCAAGUUUCCCUUGGCAUAAAAUGUACUGGAGUCAUUCACUGUUGGAGGUGGGAGGGGGAUGAGGCCUCCUUGUCUGCUUUGUGCUCCUUCUCAGCUCCAGCUCUUUCCUAGGGACCAGGCACUCUUAAGGUGGGGGUGGAGGUCCUAGACUUGAUUUGAAGAAGUGGGGGCUGAAGGGGUCGUGGGGUAGGGCAUGAUCAAAGGGGCCAUUUCUCACUUUCCUCAUUUUCACUGCCCCUCAAGCUAGGUGGAUUUUCUCUUAUUGACAGAGUAUUUGGUAGGGAAAGCAGGUUAAAAAUAAAGACACCCACCCCUGCCCUUUGUGUCCCCUCCCCGGUAACAGCAAGAAACCAUCAACACCAACAAGUUUCCAUGUUCCUUUACAACAAAAGGGACUGACUUUUUAUAUAACCAAAUGUGGUGUUUUAGUGACUUUUUGAUAAUGUACAGUUUUUUGUGAAUUUAAAUUUAUUUCUUUCUAUAUUUUUAGGACCAAUCUCAUUUUUAAUAAGGUUUAAAAAAAAGGAAAAAAAAGUCUAGAGAAAAAAAAAAAAACCUCGUUUUUGCCAUGUGAUGUUCCACAGGUGCGGCUGUAGAGAAGUGCUUGUCAUUGAAUAAAACCACAUUUGAUAGAGAAUCAA